GGGAGGCUGAAGCGCGAGGAGCGAGUGCGUACGGUGUUUGUGAAAAACAGGCGCAUGCGCUCCCGCUAAAGCCACGGGCGUUCGGUAGGCAGACCGCAGCGGCAGAGUGCAGAUUUUACACGCCAGAUAGCGCGCGGACAGGUUGAGAAACAGGGGGAGAACGAGACCACAGUGGGAGGGGAGCCAGAAGGUCGACAUCAGACGGACGAAUGGGAGUCGACCGGAGUGAAAUAGAAGACCUCCGAAGGAUUGUCGAUACCACGUUUACAACCAGACCGGAGGAGAGCGGGGAGCUUCUCGAGACGUUCUGCUACCCUCGUCCGAAUCUGUCGCCGCAUUUCCUUGAAGGAGCCUAACCGGAGAACACACCCGCAGAGGGGAACGCAAUGACAGUCCGAUGAUCUCAGUAGCCUACAGCCUUCCAUAGCCUACAGACGAAAUGGGAAAGCACAGCUAAACACGACCGAGGCUGUGCGUCUGUGUGUGUGAAUGUGAGUGUGUGUGUGUAUCUGUGCCUAUGUGUGAGUGUGUGUCUGUGAAUGUGUCUAUGCAUAUGUGCACCAAUCUGGAGUGAUGAGAAGGCAAACCGGAGAGGGGAUCCGUGUCGCUGGUGUCAUCUGCCAGGGUUAUUCUCCUGAGCUCAGGGUUUACCGUGUCCACCGUCGGCCUCCCCACGCCUGUGGCGGGAUAUGAUGGAGAGUCCCAAUGGCUCCGGUAACGACACCAGACCGCACAGUCACCACCAGCUGGAGAAGAAACGGUUAAAUCGCGCCCCGUCCCCGGCGAGACCUUUCCUAAAGGAUACACACUCCCGUUCACCGAAGACGCCCGCCAUCGUACCGAAAUCUCCCAAACUCAACAAGCAGCAAGCGCCCCCGGGCCAGUUAGCCACGCAGAGUCGUCUUUCACGGCGAACCUUAACCGGGGCGAAGGACAAGUCCGCACUGGCAAAAAGUCACCUCAAGUCCUCGGUGACCAAAAAGGCCGUUAAGGUCACGCAACAUGUAGCGGCAGCAGAGCCGAAAACCGCCAGCAAAGUGGUCGACAGCAGUCCACACCUCGCCAAGAGCAAAAAGGGCAGAGUAGCCCCACUUUCUCACGGACCCCUUGGCCAUGGGUCCCCCAUCCGUGUUCCCACUGGUGCUACUAUCGGCCGGGUCGGUCAGACAGACAGCAGCUCCGACCUGUCAGACUGCCCAUCCGAGCCACUCUCGGACGAACAGAGACUCGCACAGGCGCCCAGCAGCGACGCCGAAUCAGGGACCGGUUCCGGGUCCAGCGAACGGGAUCAUGUGGUGGCGGGAGAUAAUCCGCCGCAGACCGCGUCAGCCUCAGAAGCGAGCGGGGCGCCAGUCGCUCGGCUGCGCGCGGUGGAGGCUCCCGGGGCGAGAGGCAUGUCUCAGGCUGCCGCCGGUGCAGGUGCACACACCGAGAAAAGCAAACCGGACAAAUCUGCUGCUGCGAGCGCACAAUUUAAACUGGAGCGCAGCAAGGAAUUAAUCGAGGAAGAUUUAUUAAGGGAAAUAGAAGAGCUACGAUCUGAAAACGACUACCUCAAGGAUGAAGUGGACGAGCUGCGUGCGGAGAUGGAGGAGGUGCGGGACAGCUACCUGGAGGAGGAGAUGUACCAGCUGCAGGAGCUGCGGCGCGAGCUGGACCGCUCCAACAAGAACUGCCGCAUCCUCCAGUACCGGCUCCGCAAGGCCGAGCAGCGCAGCCUCCGCGCCGCUCAGAGUGGACACGUGGACGGAGACCUGCUCCGCAGUCUGGAGCAGGACCUCAAGGUGGCCAAAGACGUGUCGGUGCGUCUGCACAACGAGCUGGAGAGCGUGGAGGACAAGCGCACGCGGGCGGAGGACGAGAACGAGACGCUGAGGCAGAAGAUCAUCGAGGUGGAGAUCUCCAAACAGGCCCUGCACAACGAGCUGGAGCGCAGAGAGAAUGCACUCAGGAGGAGGGGGAGCCACAAAGACAAGAAAUCUGCAACACAGGAGGACAGUGCGGACCUGCGCUGCCAGCUGCAGUUUGCCAAGGAGGAGUCGGCGCUGAUGCGUAAGAAGAUGGCCCGGCUGGGCCGCGAGCGGGACGAGCUGGAGCAGGACCUGCAGAAGUACAAGAGUGUCUACGGGGACAUGGACAGCCCCGUGGCCCCCAGCGAGGCCCCGGGCGGCGGCGGAGGAGGUGGGGGCCCCCACAGCACGCGGGAGGCCGAGCUGCGGCUCCGCCUGCGCCUGGUGGAGGAGGAGGCCAACAUCCUGGGCCGCAAGCUGGUGGAGCUGGAGGUGGAGAGCCGCGGCCUGCGCGCCGAGAACGAGGACCUGCGGGCGCAGUGCGAGCGCGACUGGGCCGAGCGCGGGCCGGCGCUGGGCGGCGGAGGCGGAGGAGGGGGAGGCGGGCCGGCGUCGCCGUACGAGUCGGUCGGGGAGCUCCGGCGCCACCUGCAGUUCGUGGAGGAGGAGGCGGAGCUGCUGCGGCGCUCCAUCGCCGAGAUGGAGGACCACAACCGCCAGCUCACCACCGAGCUCAGCCGCUUCAAGUUCGGGCCGGGCGACGGCGACGGCGGGGAGGGCCAGGAGGGCCCGGCGGGCGAGAGGCCGGCGGGGGCGGACGUGGCGGCGGCGGGCGGCGUGGCCACCCUCCAGGAGGAGCUGAAGGCGGCACGGCUGCAGAUCAACGAGCUCUCGGGGAAGGUUCUCAAGCUGCAGUACGAGAACCGCGUGCUCGUGUCCAACGCGCAGCGCUACGACCUCGCCUCGCACCUGGGCCCGGCCGCCGGCGAGGGACACGCCCCCCACGCCGCCGUCGUCACCACGGCGACGACGCUGCGGGAGGAGGAAGAGGAGGAGGAGGAGGACGAGGAGGAGGAAGAGGUCGGCCAGGCCCUCCUGCUGCAGCCCAAGCGCGAAGGGCCCGUGGGCGGAGAGAGCGACUCGGAGGAGGUGGUGGAGCGAUCGGUCACCUCAGGACUGGGCAGCAGCAGCGGCGGGGGAGGCGGGGGAGGAGGGGGGUUGGGCCUCAAGCCGUGGGAGGCCGACCUGAUUGGCCAGAGGCGGCGGGCGGAGGAGGGGCUGAGGCGGGAGGCGGAGCGUCUGGGCCGGAGCGUGGACCGCCUCAUCGCCGACACGGACGGCCUCAUCCACGAGGGCGUGGCCGUGGUGGUCACGGCGGCGUCCGAGAGCUCCGAGGAGUGCGAGUCCACGACGGUGGUGCCCGGCGAGGUCAAGCAGGACGAGGCCGUGCUGGAGGCGGUCAGCGCGCGCAUGAAGGCCUUCCGGGCCGAGCUGCAGGGCUUCAUGGAGAGGGUGGAGCGCCUCGGGGACGGCCAGCGCGAGACGGACCUCUCGCCCCUGCCGCACCUCACCGAGUCCAGCAGCUUCCUGUCCACCGGGACCUCCCUGUCCCGAGACUCGCCCAUCGGCACCCUGGGCAGGGACCUGCUCGCUGACCUCCAGUCCGGGCAGGGUGAGGAGCGCCCCUUCCCGUGGUGCCUGGGCCUGGUGGGGGGGUGCUGGAGAGAGGCGGCCACCCCAGGCUCCGCCAGGCGCAGGGGAACCCCGGGACACGCUAGAGGCGGCAGGCCGCAGGGGGUGAGAGGAGCGGAGAUCCGAGACCCGUCUGCCCCUGAGGUCACAUCUCCGGCCCGGGAGUUCCAGUUCCGUUUGAGACCCGGUCAGGAGGACCGUGAGAACCUGACGGGACCAGUCACUCAGCAGGAGGCGCGGCGUGGUCUGGAGCUGCAGGGUCUGCAGACGCACGAGGCACCGUGGCCCCAGGAGAGGGCGCUGUUGCAGCAGGAGGUCCGGCUCUUCCGCCACCACACCGUCGUCCUCUACAUGAAGCUACGCUGGAUCCUCACCCACUGGAGGCUCGGCCGCAGGGCGGAGGCCGGAGAGGAGGGCGCCCAUGAAGAGUAUGAACGCCUGGAGAACAUUCCGGAGCUGGGUGUCGCCGUGGAGAUGGGUGAUGGAGAGGGGGAUGUCAGGCCCAGUGCCAAAAUCACCGGAGGGGUCGGAGAAGCCUUGGACCCUGGACCACUGCUGCCCUCACCUGACCCCUACCAGCACCAGAAACAGCAGGUUGGGGAGAACCGGCGUGUGCUGCACGCGUUGCGCUCGCUGCUGGAGGAGUUUGGCUGUGAGCUGCGUGAGGAGGAGCAGCGGAGACUGCAGCUGCAGCAGACCUACGCCAGCGAGAGGGCAUCAUGGGAAAUACAGCGUGCAGAGAUGAGACGCCGCCUCGCGCAGCUGGAGGAGGUGGCGGGUUCCACGGGAGGAGGUGAAGGAGCGUCGGACCCCCUGAAGCAGGAGCGCGAGGAGCACCGGCGCCUCCUAGCGGAGAGCCACGGCGCUGCACUGGAGCUGCGCUGGAGACUUCACCACGGAGAGAGACGCUGGAGCAGAGAGAGACAGGAGCUGCUGGAGCACUUCCACAGAGAGAGACAGACCUGGAUGCAGCGAGAGCUGGCCCUGCCGGAGGGUAAGGAGGGGGGACUGCAGCGGGUCUUCUCCCCCCAGGAGACCCCCUGCAAGGCCCCGCGCUCCCCACGCUCUCCCCGCUCCCACUCCGACUCGGAGGCCGUGCUGGAGGACAGGGGUCUGGCAGGACGGGUCAGGCCCAGCGAGGCACUCCAUCCUGGGGAGAGCCUCUUUCUGGACGCCCUCUCCCUCGACCCACCCAGCCAGGCCCAGGUACCGCCACCCUCUAGGCUGGCGAGCGAGAAGAGGUUCCCCUGCCUGAAGGAGGCCCUUAAUGAGAUCUCUGAGAGGGCGGAGCCAUCUUCCUACUCAGAGGACGAGCCGUCCUGUGGAAGCCUUCUCAGGGCCAAGUCUGUUUGCUCCAUGAGUGACUUCCAGCGCCUGAUGGACAGCUCCCCCUUCCUUCCCGACAAGUCGAGUUACCAUAGCGACCGCGGUGGCGUGGGUGGCAUGGGCGUGCGUGACCGCGGCGAGGCGACCCCUCCCCUGUCUCCGGACGACCUCAAGUACAUCGAAGAGUUCAACAGCAAGGGCUGGGAGCUGGCCACGGCCCUGAGCGCCUCCUGCCCCAUCCCAGGACCCCUCACCCUCCUGGGGCAGCAGCAGCAGCAGCCUCCCCCGUCCUCGGCUCUGGAGGCCUGGGCCGAGCGGACAGACCCCCGGCGCCUCGGUCCCGCCCUAGACCCCACUGCCGACCCGUUCCAGCCGGGCUCGUGGUUCCUGACCACCAGCGCCACGCUGACCACCAGCACCCUCAGCAGCCCCGAGCACUGCCAGCGGACCGGCGGAGCCGGUGGACCUGCCGCACCGGGCCCGGGGCCGUCGCUCUCGCCGUCCGGCCCGACGGCGCCGGAGCACUUCGGGGUGCGCGUGCUGCACAGCCCCACGCGGGCGGCCAAAGACGGGGGCGCGUGGGCGGGCGGAGGAGGAGCAGGCGGAGCAGGAGGAGGCGGAGGUUACGCGGCGGCGGCGGCGGCGGCCGCGGCCCUGGAGCUCAACCUGAGCGACGACAUGAAGGAGGUGGCCUUCUCCGUACGCGGCGCUAUCCGGACGCCGCCGCACGCUGCCCUCCCUGACCCCCGUCCGCCUCCGCCCGCCCAGCGCGACUCGGCGUGCCAGACCAACGGCGUGAUGUCGCGGGGCACGCAGACGUGCCACGUGGUGAGCGUGGGCCUCCAGACGGACGGCGCCUUGCGCGCCCUCACCAGCAGCCCGCACCGCUGCCUCACGCCCAAGGGGGGCGGCUCCACGCCCGUGUCCUCGCCCUCGCGCUCGCUGCGCCGGCCCCAGUACGUGCCCCCCGGGCAGGCCAAGUUCGAGCGGCCCUGCUGCUCCCCCAAAUACGGCUCCCCCAAGCUCCAGCGCAAGCCCCCGGGGACAGGGGGGUCCAGUCGGACCCCGACGCCGACGUCCACGCCUCAGAAGGGGAACAACGAGUCGGCGUGGGCGCGCUCGACGACGACGCGCGACAGCCCCGUCCACACCACCAUCAACGACGGCCUGUCCAGCCUCUUCAACAUCAUCGACCACACGCCGCUCGCGCUGGAGCCCGCCGGGGCCAAGUUCACGCGCUCCCCCAGCAGGGCGAGGCCCCAGCAGGCCGGCGAGAGCUCCGCGACGCCCCCUCCUGGAGCGGAGCCAAAGUGCGCCGCGUCGGGGGGCGCGGUGCAGGAGCUGCUGAGGGGGUCGGGCGUGCCGCGAGGCCGCUCUCCGAGCCCCGUCCAGCAGCUGCUCAUCAUCGAGACGCAGGGCGGCGAGGCGACCAGCAUCCGGCAGGACCUGUCGGCGCCGCCGGGACACACGCUAGCCGAGAACGCGGCGCGGCUCCUGAACAGGAAGCUCCAGGAGCAGAACGCCCGCGAGGAGAGGAGGCUGCAGGUGGUCAUCGGCCCACUGCAGGGAGCUCACGGCAGGGAAGCCAGGUCCACAGACGCUGGGGAAAGGGCUGGAUGUAUGGAGGACUUGCCUCGUUCUCCAGUGGCUCCUCCCCUGGAGGCGUGUUUCCAGCGCCCUGCUCGUCCUGCCAACCGCCGGCCCCCGUCCCGCUGGGCUGCGCGCUCCCCUAACUCUUCCCCCACGUGGCGCAGCACAGCCGCACAAAGGUUCCGCUUCCCCACCCAGACCAUCCCCGAACUGGAGGAACCUAGUCUGGAGCCAAAGCCGGCGUGA